AUGUCCCGUUGGGCUCGCUUCGCUCAUUCUCUCAGACCAGUGACCGAAGACAAGAGGUGGCCCGGUUGGGGCGUAGUCAUCGGUAUAGAGAUGCACGCUCAGAUCAAGUCGCGAGCUAAACUCUUUUCUGAAACAUGGACGUCUGACCUCAACCAACCACAAAACACGCGUUUCUCGCCCUAUGAUGCCGCGUUCCCGGGCACGCUUCCUCGACUGAAUCCCAAAUGCGUAGAGCUUGGUGUAAGGACCGCCAUUGCUCUGAAUGCCGAGGUCCGACGUAGGUCAGCUUUCGACAGAAAACACUACUUCUAUGCGGACCUUCCGUCUGGUUACCAGAUUACCCAACAGUAUGCACCCUUCGCAACAGGUGGUGGUCUUGAACUGGGGAACGAAGGGGCAUUCGUUCGCAUUAAACAAAUCCAACUGGAACAGGAUACCGGAAAAUCCUCCUUCGAUGCACACCGACGAAUCACGUCCAUUGACCUCAACAGAGCAGGCACCGGCCUCAUGGAAAUUGUCUCGGAGCCGGAUAUGCGAUCUCCUGAAGAAGCCGGGACCUAUGUGAGGACUCUCCAGUCCCUGCUACGUGCGGUAGGCUCUAGCGAUGGGAAUAUGGAGCAGGCAAGUAGGAGCAAGAUCACACGGGCCAACUAUUCUCAGCAGAGCAUUGCAACAGGCCCUCCUGGGACACGCUGCGAGAUCAAGAAUUUAAAUAGUGUACGAUUCGUGAUGAGCGCAAUCAUCUCGGAAGUGCAUCGUCAAAUAACACUGCUGGAAAGCGGACAUCUCGUACCACAGGAGACCCGAGGGUUUGACGAAGACAAGGCCGAGACAUAUGCUAUGCGCAGCAAGGAAGACGCACCGGACUACAGGUACAUGCCUGAUCCAAAUCUUCCACCAUUACUCCUAGAUGAACCUUAUGUUGACAACAUCCGAAAACACAUGCCAGAGCUCCCAGAUGCAACGCGCGCGCGUCUGGAGGAGUUGGGGCUCUCACGUCGGGACACAGAUGUGCUCAUGGACAUCGACGCAGGGCGUGAAGUUGGUUACGACGGCAUACUUGGGCAGGGAGCCCUUGCAUAUUUUGACGCCGUCUCGGUAGACCGGGACCCUAGGGUGGUUGUGAAUUGGAUCACGCAUGAACUCCUGGGCCAACUGGCUUUCCGGCAGGAAACGUUCCAAGAAAACCCAAUGUCGGUGGAACAGAUGGGUGACUUGAUCGACCUGGUGCAAAGCGGGAAGCUUACGGGUACAUCUGGAAAGACUAUCCUGCGCCAUAUUCUGACACACCGCUCCCCGGAGCUUCCCUCCACACUCGCGGAAAGGCUGUCAUUGCUAACCGUGCUAGAUGACAGUACCUCUUUGGAGCAGUGGUGCUCUGAGGCAAUUACUGUCCUCCCAGAGGAAGCGAAGGUCGUCCGAGGAGGUAACGUCAAGGUGAUCAACAAGAUCAUGGGUCGUGUGAUGAAGUUGAGCAGAGGCACGGCGGAUGCACAAGCGGUCAGAGCCAUGCUAUUAAGGAUGCUCCAGUGA